GGUCCGCGCUGCUGUCACUUUUUGCACAAGGUUGCUACAGUGUUGGUGGUAUGUUCACCUUGCUCCCCAUGUGUAAACAUUCAGCUAUCGUGAAAACGCUGUGCCGGCCCUUGGAAGCAAUAAAAUCAAACAAACGAACGUUUCCAAAUGUCUGGGUUUGUUAAGCGUCGACGAGCUUUAAAUAUUAAUGGGACCCGGCUGUCUGUACACUCGGGACAGUCGGUAAUUUCGCUAGGAAACCCGUCAUUAGACCACGUUUUUGGCGGUGGGUUUCCCAUCGGUUCCAUCAUCGCUAUCGGAGAAGACAAACAUGGAAACUAUUCCCGAGUGCUGUCCAAGUACUUUCUUGCGGAAGGAAUCGUAAACAAACAUCCACUGCUGGUAGCGUCUUUGGAGGAAGAUCCUUUACAGUUGGUUGAAAAAUUGCCUCAACCCGUGGAAUCGACCACAUCUGUUGAAAGUAGAGCUGAGCAGGAACCCGAAACCAUGCGAAUUGCCUUUCGAUACAAUCAACUAGCACCGGUAGAUUCGGAACAGAAGUCAUCCACAGCGCUCGGACACUAUUUCGAUCUAACCAAAACAAUCCCUUCAACGGCAUUACUAACGCAAGACAUCACCUAUUGGAACGGAGACGAACGGCCGGAUGGUGGGAUCGGUUCGUUCCACAAUCCGCACUACGCAUCCCUGCUGUCCUGCAUCCAUCGCAAAGCAAGCGAACAGCAGUUCAACGCGACGUCCGGCGAAGGCACUAAAAAUGUGCUUCGAAUUUGCUUAAACUCGAUCGGCUCCCCAGCCUGGUACGAUAAGAACUUUUCCGGCGAUUUCCUACGCUUUAUCGCCCUCCUUAAAGCCAUCGUACGAAACACGCUGUCUGUCUGCUUAAUUACUGUGCCGCUGCAUCUGUUUCACCAUCUGGACGAUUUCCACCUGUACAAGCGAGUGAUAAAUUUGUUCGAUUUUUCCUUCGAGCUGGAAGCUUUUGCCGGCCAAAUGGAAGAGCAGGCAAAUCCUGUCUUCAAAGAGUACCAUGGCUUGUUGAACAUUACGAAAAUAGCUCCGUUCAAUAGUUUGGCUUCCUUCCAUCCUAAAACGCGCGAUUUAGCAUUCAAGCUGAAGCGAAGCAAGUUUGUGAUUGAAAAAUUGCACCUUCCGCCGGAUAUUGUAGAUGAAGAUAGUCGGGCAAAGGUGCAAAUGCCCACACUCAGCUGCGCUAGUGCAGGGAUGAAAAAUAGGCUAGAUUUUUAGCUUUCGGGCAAAAAUACACUGUUGAAACGAAUAAUGUACGUACGGUAGAUGUAAUUCGAAUCAGCAUUCGUUUAUUCACGCCUUAACAUGUAUGAAAUUAAAAAAAUACGCCUUGAAAUGUUACCCUCUCCCUAAACUAGAUAACUCUUGGAGAUUUGAUAGUAGUGGGAAUUGUUGUUGUUGUUGUUGUUGAAUGCCAUAUCGGACCGCUGUUUGCUGUACUCCUUCGACUGCAGGUACGCUUCCCGGAUCGUUGGUACGGCGAUGGGCGACGGCAGCUCGUGCUCGUAGAUGUUGUCCCGGACACGUCGAUUCGCCGGCAUUGCUGGGAUGGGAAUGUGUGGCAAUGGAAGGGUACGCAGCAUUUGCGGCACCUGACUCUUCCGGGGAAGUUUGGUACAGCUGAGAAUAAUGCUGAGCAGUACGCAAAACUCAACCACCGCCACAAUCAAUCCAGCGCAAAGAAACAGGAAGUAUUGUUCACGGUACCACACCUCAAUUUUGUGCAGGCAGCCCUGUGUCCGUCAUGGAAAGAAGUGUGUAAAACAUUAUUCAUUUGCUAUGAGGUUUUACAGUAAGCUAUUAAUAAGCCACUAAUGAUGUACCAACUUACAUCCAGAUGUCGACUUUUCUCAUAAUCCUGUGGUUGGAGUGCCUGGCACAGCGUCCCGUUUACCGGCACGGGGUCUAGGUAGGCCGUAAACUCGAACCGAUUCACCAGCUUGCAGCACGUGAGCGGAACGGUGAGCUCUUUCUUGCCCAAGCUUUGCAGCUUCCACAGGGCUGUGUCGUAGUUGAUGCUGGUGUUGAUGGCACAGCAUUCGAAAAUCGUUUGCGCCAAAUCCAUUGCUGCGGUAAACUGUUCAUUUCCCGGCACACCGUAGUUGGCCUGAAGCGCUUUUACCAUCGCAGUUUCGUUGAGGUUCAAUCCCAGGCACUGUGGCCAGGCAGUGAUCAUCAAGCACACGCCAAACUCCGCUAUCAAUAGCGACAGAAUGAUCAGAAAGUACUACGAGCAGAAGGAACAUCGGUCGUUAAGAUUAGUGGUACAUGUUCAUGUGCAGCGUAAAAAGGGAAGAAAUUACCAUGGUUAAAACACAGUACGUAUUCAUACAGGUUGCCCAACAUCCUAACAGGGAAGCAAUGAUAGCCACAAGCCCGGCCGUAGUGAGAGCGAAUGCAACGUAGUAAAAUAGCGGCUGCUCUAGCUCAGACAGGGGCGUCCGUUGUUGGUCAGAGGCUGAUAUAAGCAAUCGGGACAGCAGUAUCCGUGGGGAAUCGGUGAAUAGGUAGAAACCUGUGGAAAGCAGCGUUAUUCCACACAGCUGUAAGUACAUAGAUACAUCGAACAUUGAAAUAUGUGGAUAAAGUUGAGACUGAUCGUUGUUUAUAUAAGCAAAAAACGAAGAACAAA